GGACCUCGCAUCUCCUGCACACGACGCACAAACUAACCUCAAUGCUGCUUGUGCCGCUGCUGGAUUUUCUGAUGCUACGGAGAAACUCUAAAACUUUGAGGUUUCAAGGAUGAUCUGCUCAGAUGGGACUCUGUCAGCCGUCAAUUAUGCGCUCCUGGUGGGAAUAACGUGUCUGACCGUCCUCUGCGACUUCACCAAAGGCUCUUCAGACUUCUCAGAUUACCUGUCCAAAGUGCUGAGGAACUACACCGAGCAGGCCUGUGACGGAGACUUCCUGUCUGUGCGCUGCCCGCCGCGCACCACCAUCACCAUCCAGUCAGCUUUCUACGGAAGGAGAGGCCCCUCAGACCCCCAGCAGUGCCCGCAGAGCUACCAGGCCCUCAUAGGAGCCUACAGCCGGCGGGAGGAUGACCGGUACUGCUCCGUGUCCACGGCACUGCAGAAAAUGCUGGACGAGUGCCAGGACAGAAGGAGCUGUCAAGUCCUUGUCAACAGCCGUGUGUUUGGGACAGACCAGUGUCCUGGCAGCAGUAAAUACCUCAUUGUGUGGUACAAAUGCAGACCUAACGAGUAUAAGAGUAAGGUGGCGUGCGAGGAGGAGAGGAUGAAGCUGAGCUGUAAACGCGGCAUGCAGAUCGCGGUUUACUCCGCCAUGUUUGGCCGAACUCAGCAGGGCACCCUGGAGUGUCCGCUGCACCACAGGAGAGCUCCAUCAGUAGACUGCCAGUCGGGUGUGGCUCUGCAGGUUUUGACCGCCCGCUGCCAGGGGAAGAAGAGCUGCCUGGUCCGAGCCUCCACCAGGGACUUCGGAGACCCCUGCUACUCCGGCACCAGGAAGUACCUCAGCGUCAUCUACACCUGUGUGCCAAAGAAGUUGCUCCAGGAGCCAGGCCCCAAAGUCCCAGUGUUCCCCCCGCCACCCAGCGCCCAUGACCCCAACGUGGUGGGAGACAGCGCCCCCCCAGAGGGGACCUUAGUCAAAACCUCUGACAUUGUUCCAGAGAGGAAGUGGGUCAGAGAAUCCGGCUCUUACUCCGAGGAGGAGAAGUCUUCAGAAACAGGAGGAGGAGGGGGAGGUGGAGGAGGAGGAGGAGGAGGAGGAGGAGGAGAAAGGCCUCUGCGACCGCCGGAUAUAAAUCCCAUCAUCAACUCCACCUCUAGCUCCAGCAUGGCCCUUAUUAGCAAUGCGCUGGCAGCCUACACCUACGUAGCAGACCACCCAGAAAGGGCUGCGCUCUUCUUUGUCUGUGGUGUGUGUCUGGGACUCUUCCUCACCCUCUUCGCUCUGGUGGUCCAGAUCUCCUGCCGGACCGACUGCCAGCCCCGCCAGCGCCCCCCUGCCAAGAAGCGAGCCCGCCCCAUCGAUUCGUCCUCCGACUCCAGCGACUCGGACUCGGACUGGGACACCACCUCGGACCUGUCGGCGCGGCGGCACCGGCGCUUUGAGCGCACGCUGAACAUGAACGUGUUCACGUCGGCCGAGGAGCUGGAGAGAGCGCAGAGGCUCGAGGAGAGGGAGCGCAUUAUCCGGGAGAUCUGGAUGAACGGGCAGCCCGACAUCCCUGGGACACGCAGCCUCAACCGGUAUUACUGAGGGGGCAGCUGAUAGGAAAAUGGAAAAGGAUACACUUGGGUGUGAGGGGGCAAGAGACUAGUCCCCUUUGAACCUUUAUAAGAAAGAGUGCAACAGCAAUAGGACCACGGUGGACCAGUCUGAUUUGGAGGUAUGGCAGAUUUGGGGAAAAAAGCUCUCCCUUUCAGCCAGUUUGCAUAUCCCUGUGUGUGCUAUAAGCUAGACCCCAUUCAAUAACAGAAUAAGCUCACACUCUGCACAGUAAGCUUGGCCCAAAACCGACCUGUUAUUGGUGGAAACUAGGGGUGAAAGGCCAUCUGCUGCACUGCCUUGCUCGUGACCUCACCAGGCCCUGCUGAAAUGGGAUUUAUGGGAUAGCUGCCUUAGACACACGUAGGCCCAGAUGGACUAUAUGGCGACCGAAGGACCACUGCCUCUUUAAUGCAGCAUGUGGGGCAGCUAUGAAAGAAAGACUAUGACGCUUGCAGCUUGCUUUCUGCUCAGUACCCUCCAGUAUUCAAGUGGGGAGUUUAAAGAGAGGCGGCGUAGAGCUAAAGUAGACCGGACGGUGGGACGGAGAACAUGAACUAUGUUAGACAAUCUAUCCACAGUCAAUAACCGUGCUGCCUUUUUGAACUGUAUAAAAACCAAAAGAUGUUUUUUUUUUUUUUUUUUUUUUUUUUUUUUGGGAAUUCAUCUCAGCCCUUAUGAAAUCUAUUUUAUAAUAUUUAAUAGUUUUUUGUUGUUGUGUAUUUUUGUUCUCAAUUAUGGUUUAUUAUGAGAUAUUUUUAUACUUGGCGAAGGUUGUCUGGCACCUCAGGGAUGCAAUCCUAGUGUUUCUGUGUCUGGUUGAUGUAUUUGCUUCCUAAGAAGGGGAUCAGUCCAUUUUGACAGCUGCGUCAACAUUUUAAAAAAAGAAAUUAAUUAAUUAUAAAUAUCAUGUUGAGAGCCUCAAAGAGGUUUAGCGAUUUAACCUUAUUUUUGAUAUGUUUAAUUCACAGUGCAGUGCCUUACGUAGCUAUUAAGAAGUCAUUGGCAUCAGGAAUGCAAUUGGUUUAUCCCUUAAAACUGGCCAAAGGAUCCAUCAGUCUCUAACUGAUCUGAUUUUUCUGUAUACUCCCUUUCACUGUUGUUGUGACUUUGUUACAUUGGCGUGUGUACACUCUACAUGGAAAUGGUGAUUGUGUCUGUUAAACAUUGCACUUGCUAUCUCACCAGAUGGAUAUGUACAUAACCGGAUCCUGGCCAGUUUUACAUCAGUGGUUCAGCUACAAAUUAUUACUGUGCUCCUCAUAGAAAACCAUGGGACUUGUACUUCCUGUGCACAUUGUGUCCCUCUUUUUAACAUUCUAGUGCUGAUCAGAAGCUCAUGGAAAGCAUCUGCAGAAGGAGCCAGCACUCUGAAAUGAGGUUCCCAGUGGCUGCACAGAGUCUCCUCAAUCAUGUUGCCAAUUUCAUAAUAUAAGCUAUUGUCAAUCCAGUCCUGUUUGUGCUGCACUGGAUACAACUAUAGAAAUAAUUAUAGAUUUAAUUAAAAGCUUGGUAUUUUCCUGACUGAGAGUUGAAUUUAGAGUACACAGGGCAUAUUAGGGUCAUCCAUAUUAAGUAAGACUGCCACUACGUAUGGUUUUACUAAAAAAACUAUUUUUGUGUUUAAAUUUGAAUGGGACUGAAAUGUGCCAAUAGCUGGGGAAGUGAGACCAAAAUAUGACUCCUGUGCUUGGAAUAAACUGUGUUUAAAA